AUGUUCUGCUUCCCUGUACAGCUGGAUGUGUUUGAUGCUGCAGAGCGUUACCAGCAGGCUGGCUUCCUGCUCAUGAUCCUAGCUGGGAAGGAGUAUGGCUCUGGCAGCUCCAGAGACUGGGUACACAUAGCCCACCGUUUGUUAUGUGGAUACCCACUGUUACCUGCCUGUCACCCUUCCUCUGUUCCCCUCUCCCAGGGCAUCAAGGCUGUGCUGGCAGAGAGCUAUGAGAGGAUCCACCGCAGUAACCUGGUGGGCAUGGGGGUCAUCCGUCUGGAGUACCUGGCCGGGGACACGGCAGUCACCCUGGGCCUGACGGGCCGAGAGCGUUACACCGUGGUCAUCCCAGAGCCACUCACACCCAGGGUGAUUGUUGACAUUAAGCUCGACACGGGCAAAACAUCCCAGGCGAGGAUGAGGUUCCACACAGACGUGGAGCUGACGUACUUCCACAACGGAGGCAUCCUCAACUACAUGAUCCGCAAAAAUGUCUGAAGACUAGAAGGAGCGCACCAUCGGGAUCAAGCCACGCUGAACACGCACAUCCUCCAUGUAGACGGAGAGACAGAAAGCCCUGACUCGCCCUCUGUUGGUUUGAGUUUACCAUUUGGUUUUGAUCAUGUUGUCUCCAUUGGUUUUAGUGCAUUAAUCAACCGCAGUACUGGUUCCAUAAUGGAUCCAUUGCAGGUAGGGAUGAUGAAAUGAAAGUCAGAACCCCACACAUUUAACACUGGUAUGAUAGACACCUGGGUUCAAAUAGUAAUAAAGCCCAGCCAAAGUAUUUGGAAGAAAAUAAAUGUUUUUUAAACCCUGGUCUCAUAUAAAGUGACAAUAGUACAGUAGCCAAGGACUUCUGGCCUCUCACCCUACUUUUGACCAAAAGUAAUGCACUACAUUGGGAAUAGGAUGCCAUUUCAGACGCACCCAUGGUGGAGUUCCAUUCUGUGUGUUCUGUUUGAACAAGAGAUUGCCAUGGCUAUUCUAAUUAUAUUCUAAUCAACUGUUUGAUUGCCUUAAAAUGUUUAAGUUUACAUUAUUAGCCCUCCCCUUUUGGAGAGGUAUAGUAUAUUGUGUGCGCCUCUCCGUCUGUGAAUUAGAGGCAGCGUAAUUCCAGAUCUGUUCACUGUCGUGUAAAAUGUACCUUUCUCUCUUAACCAGUUGAUGUUUAGCUAUAGGACUUCUAUGAUUAUGUAGUGCUGAGUGCUUAUUACUGAUGGUGAGUAGGGUUGCAAAAUUCUAGAUACAGUUCAUUCCCAGUUGUUCCAGGUCUUCCUGGUUAGUAGAUUCAGGAGGGAAUGAGCAGGAAAUGCAGGAAUUCUCCAACCGGGAUUUUUUGGGAAAGUUGAUGAAGGCCACUGAAGGCCGAAAUGUUAGUCUUUUAACCUUGCUUAAAAAAAAUGGAAUCAUUCUUAAAUGGUGAGUGAACCUUUUUUCUUUCCUAUUUUGGGAAAGUUACCAGAAUUAUUCAACCCUAAUGGUGAGUUUGGCUGGAGUUUGGCUACCCUAGUACUAGUGUAACAGGGGGCGAGUUAAUCAAGUCAAUCUAUCAAAUGAAUAUAUGUAAACCUCAUUAGGUUUCUGACCUGAAGCCACAUUUAAUAUUUUCUUGAAGCUCUGAUUGUUUUACGGACCAAAUUGUUUCUGUCUAUCAAAUUGGAAUGAAGGCCUACUUUGAGAUUCGUACUUGUUUGUGACCUCAUCGCUCUGAUGUGGAUACAAAUGUGUAUUUUGUCUGCUACAAGGUCAUAUCAGGGCUAGUGGUUGCCUCCUAAUAGUCUUAGUGCUGUCCCCUUCCCGUUCUCCUUUCCAUAACUGGAGAGGCCAGGGGAAAUUCCUGGUACAUAUCCACCAUAUUGCUUUCGCCUAUUAUGUAUUCUUAGUGAUUGCAUAAUGAUUUAUAUCAACUGUUAUGUUAUGGGCAGGUUGGCGUUUAUUGGGAUGAGUCUUGUCCUUGAGGCAGAACUGAGCGAUUGAACUGAGCGAUUGCCUAUAUUGUAACAUUUAUGAAAGAAAAACAUUACCUUUUUGGUCUUAAUUUAAGAUUAGGGUUAGCAGUGUGGUAAGGCUUAAAAUAAAAUGUUAUGACUUGUGGCUGUGCCAGCUAGUGCAGUGCAGAGUUACCUCCAGAUCAAGAUUCAUGAUGAACAAUGCUAACCUGCAUGAUAUGGCUCAGGGGCAGAGUAGACUACGUUUGUCAAAUUGUUGAACUUCUACUUUACUCAAAUGCAGCAUUGUUGU